GGUGACCAUAAGUGAAAGCUCACCGCCAAACACACUGCGUGCUACCGAAUUUUCGGCGAUUCGCCGGCCUACGUGCUAAUUCGGCCGCAGUGCCAUGCAGAACCACCCCUGGAGACCGUUUUUGCGACCAAAGUCGGAGUGAUGGAGGGGCGGAGGCCCUCAGGACGGCUGCAUCAGGCCAUCCGGGCCUACCACCCGGCCGCCUCCACAGAGGUGGCCCUCGAGGUGGACGACGUGCUUGAGGAGGAUCCGGAGCACACAGCACCGUCAGGCUGGCUCUUUGGAAGGAACCGGAGAACAAACUCCAAGGGAUAUUUUCCUUGUAAUUAUACUAAGGAAAUAGUGGAUAGAUGGAUUCCUCAAAACCCAGCAUUAACACCACCAGUUGCCUUACCUAGAAAGUCGUCGAGUACAGGCAGCCCUUACUCUGUUUCCGAGUCUGUGUCUUCAAGUUCAAAUUAUGACUACGAAGCCUUAACAAUUGAUCGGUCUAGAGACGAAAGUAUAAUAUACGGAAAGUUUGUGUGUUCACCACCGGAUUUAUCACAACCCAGAAGUCAGGAUGUUAGGGAAUUAAAAGGAGGCGAGAGUCAUCAUGUGAUAGACUGGGAAAAACCUUUGUAUUUUCUCACCCCGAUUCUCUGCAGAUAUUGUUCGGACUACAUUUGGGGCACAGGACCUGUUGGAAGAAAGUGCGAGAAGUGCCAAGCCUGCUUCCACGUCGUGUGUGCCGCCUCCGCAGCCGCCCCCAACGCUGCCCCCUGCCCCCGCACCGCCAUCCAGAUUCCGCCUCUCUUCACCAGGCCAAUUCCAAUUGAGGAUUGGACGGCUGACAACGUCGUCGAGUGGAUGGCCGUGCUGAAUUUGUACAGAUACGCCGGGGUGUUCAAGUCAAAAGACAUCAAGGGUUCUGAUCUCAUCUUUUUAGACCGCGAAAAACUUCUCAACAUGGGCAUUAAGGACGAGUUCCACCAAGAAACAAUUUUGAACAGCGUCCGGGAACUGGUGAACAGCGGCAAGGUUGAUCCUCUGGAGGCGCCAAGUGAGUCCAACAUCAACGGGCAACCACACAACCUACUCGAGCACUCCUUCUCAAAGCUCGAAAAGUGCGCCAAGUGCAAGAAGUUCCUCAGGGGCCUCCACCACCAGGGCUUGCAAUGCAAAGAUUGUGGAGUUGCGGCCCAUCGGACUUGCUCGGCCACAGGUUUUGGUCCCUGCAGCCCCAAAGGUCCUGCUCCGCCCCAAACCGUGUUCGGCACUCCCCUCUGCGCUCAGCUGACUGACCUGCCAGCGCCCCUUUUGGUCAUCAAGUGCAUCCAGCACCUCGAGUCCAAGGCAAGUCAGGACCCAGGCCUUGAUCUUUACAAAGUCUACCGGACCACAGCUCCCGCCAACGUUAUUGCAGAAUUGCGGCGGAAACUCAAUGAAGAUGUGGCCAGCACGGACCUAAGUGAAUAUGAACCGGCGGUAAUCGCAAGCAUUCUCAAAAAGUUCCUUCGUGAACUGCCGGACCCCGUGAUACCCGUGCAGUGGUACGACAAAUUCAUAGAAGCAUCAAAAAUUAAAUUAGAUGAGCAGUGCACAAAUCGGCUGAACCAGCUGGUGGACGAGUUGCCUGAGCAGCACCGAUCGACCCUCACGGUCCUGCUGCGCCACUUCUGUCGUCUCUGCCAGAUGCAACAUGCCCGAGGGGUGCGAGAACCCCCGACCAUCCUUGUGCAGGUCCUCUGCCACCUUUUCCUGCGCCCACCCUGGACUCGCAUCAUGCAAGUCGUCUACAACACCGAGGCCCACAUUCGAAUAAUGGAGCUGCUUCUUCUGCAAGGCCGCUGGGGUGAGCCCCUUCCUCAGUUUGCUUCGGCCCCCCUUCUGCCCCCUCGAAAACCGUCUCGACUUGAGGUGUCUGCGGAGACGGCCCUGCUUGAGUGCGAUUGGUACUGGGGCGAGGUCACCCGGGAGGAGGUCAACGAGAAAAUGCAAAACACUCCGGAUGGCACUUUCAUGGUUCGAGACGCUUCAAGCAAGAGCGGCGAGUACACUUUGACCCUGAGAAAGGGCGGUGACAACAAACUAAUCAAGAUCUGCUAUCGAAACGGCAAAUUCGGCUUCACGGAGCCCUUCCGAUUCAACUCUGUUGUCGAGUUGGUCAACUUCUACAAAAACCAGUCACUUGGGCAGUACAAUUCAACUCUGGACAUCAGACUGAUCUACCCGCUGUCCAAGUUCCAGCAGGAGGACGAGGUCAUCUCGUCGGACCUGGAAAAGGUCAGUGGCCAGUUGUUGGACGCCCACCGCGACCUGGAGGCCAAGAUGCGGAUGGAAGACGAGCUGAGGUACAAGGUCAACAAGACCAUGAAUGAGAUCAGCAUGAAGAGGCAAGCUCUGGAUGCGUUCGACGAGGCCAUCGCCAUGUUCAAAGACCAGAUGAACAUGCACGAAAACUUCAAGUCCAAAGCGCAGCCGCACGAGCUGGAGAUGCUCAGGGCCAACCACGCCAUGCUGCUAGACAGGCUGGGUCAACUCGAGGACAGCCGAUCCCACCUGGACAAGAGUCUCAAGCAGAAAGUCACCGAUAGUAGGACUCUUGAGAGGGACGCCAACAACCUCAAAUCUGAAAUGCGCAACUUGAAGAAAACCAAAGAUGCUUGCAUCAGGUGGUUGAUGCACCAAGGAAUGAAGCCCUCCAGGAUUGAAGUUCUGCUGCAGCAACAGGAGGCUUCGGACAGUGAGAUGGACGUAGACAGCCUUCCGCACCAGAACGAGGCCAACUGGCUGCUGAUGGACUGCACUCGCAACAGGGCACAAGAGCUCCUAACAAACACCGCAGACGGCACUUUCCUAGUCCGGCCCAGUCGCAUCCAAGACCAGUACGCCCUGUCCAUAAUGUGCAACGGCCAAGUGAACCACUGCAUCAUACACCAGACAGACCGAGGGUUUGGAUUCGCCGAGCCGUACAACAUCUACAACUCGCUGAAGGAGUUGGUGCUGCACUACGCGCAGAACUCGCUGGAGGAGCACAAUGACUCACUGAACACCACCCUGGUGUAUCCGGUGAUGGCACAUUCCUUGCCAGCGCUGUGAUAAGCCCCUCGAGCAGUAUUCGCCUCCCACAAAACUACUCUCUACUCGAUAAGAAAGUAUAAAUUGAAAGAACUCUUGCACCGACGCGAGACUCCGCCUUGUGAUGAUGAUCUGACCGCGACGAAAAUUACUUCUGUCAGCACGGGCUAUGGCACUAUCAUCCCCUCUCACCCCCCAUUUUACACAAACACGAAGAGAAGAAAACAAACAGUCGUUUCACAACCACCUUUCCAAUUUUCUGAACAUAUUUAAUGUUGAUGUGUCCAUUUUCUCAUUGAAAAUUCUCGGCAGCUGGGCUUUUUAGAGAGCACUUUUUUCUGUUUUUUACACAUUUCUUAUGUAUCUCGAUAUAUUUCGAGAGAAUUUUAUUAUAUAUAUAUUUGCGUUUUUUUUUUUUUAAUUUACCGAGCGGCGGGCCUGGUCAAAAGUGAUACUUUUUUUACUAUGCAAACGCUUCUUUCUCAA